AAAAUCGGGGACGAAAUGACGAGUGUUAGGAAAUGGGUAUGCUUGAUCGAAGUGGGGGAGAACAAAAAGGCAAAGCAAAGAAGACCUAUUAAACCUCGAAGCAAGUAGUACCGCCUGAAGUGACCUGGGAGUAGUAUAAAGCCGCAGUGAGUUCGUACCAAGGGCAAUCUUGGAUUGCAGAAACCAUUGGGAAAAUAUUGGGUGAGGGAUGUUAAGUAUUGGGAGUACGCAAGCUGAAUUCGGGGCCGAAUUCCAUUAAGUGGGGGAGAUUGUAACAUCCCUAUCCCGGGCCCAAUAAUUUUCUAAUGGGAUUGGGCUUCUCUACGGCCCGAUUGCCUAAAAACCUAGGUCUCCUCCUCCUUUCCCUAUAAAAAGAGUUGCAGCCUCCUUCUUCUCUCCAUCAGAAACAGAAGCGAAGCCCUGCAGAGAUUCCCGGAGACUGAAAACCCUAGCCGUCAAGCUCUUCUCCCUGCGCCGCCGUCUCUCUCUUCUCUCCUUUCUCUCUCUCCACGCGCCUCUCUCUCGCUGUCUGCCUUCUCUCUCCUCGGCGAGCAGUCGUGGUGGUGGUGGUGUAGCUGAUCGGUGGUGGUGACCGGAUCUGAUCUCGUUUCCCUUGUCUCUUAUUCCAGAUCCAGAUCCAUGGCCUAGGUGUGGUUUUGUGAGACGCUUAUAGUACGAUUCAGGAGAUUCUAGGCUGCGAGUCAUGGCUCUUUGGAUAGAUCUCGUUUCAAGGAAUCUGUAGCAGCAAACGGAAUCGAGAUCGGAGUUGUACAGCAAAAGUUGUGGACGUUGCUUCUUGGCCAAGAAUAAGCUUAAGCUGUAGCAAUGCAGAUACAGUUCCGAUCAGUUUCAGCGUAAAGACCAAACGGCCGACCUAAACGAAAGUUUACAAUCUGGAAAUUUGUGUUGGAGCAGUCUGCGUUCGUGACCCGUCUAGGUGUGAAGCCAUUUUGGUUAAUCAAAUGGUAUCCGAUCGGAGUAAAAUCGGUGUCUAUGGACAGAGGACAUCUAGUACUACAUUCUGAUCGGACGGAUUGAAAAGUUAACGAUUUCUUCAGGAACCGUGGCAAAGGACUGUAAGUAGAAGUGUAUGGAUAUGGGUGAAUCGGAAUUUCAAAGAAAGCAAUGCGAUCGUCGACUCUUGCGACCAGAAACAGACACGGCGGGUUGCCUAUAUGGGUAUACGCGUGUCUAUAGCUCCCUUUCGUUAACCCCGGUCGAUCCCCGGGGGACAGGGAUGCUACACAUGCAUAGUCCAUACUCCAUAACCUAUAGGGUAAUAAGGCGUUGAGAAUGAAGAAGAGGUGUAUUGAAAAUGAAGAGGGUGUAGAGCAGAGAAAAGGGCCUUGGACGCUUGAGGAAGACACUAUUCUCACCAAUUACAUUGCCCAUAACGGUGAAGGCAGAUGGAAUGUACUCGCUAAAUCUUCUGGGCUAAAGAGAAAAGGAAAAAGUUGCAGAUUAAGAUGGCUAAAUUACCUUAAACCCGACAUAAAGCGCGGGAAUCUCACUCCUCAAGAACAACUCUUAAUCCUCGAACUCCACUGUCAAUGGGGUAAUAGGUGGUCCAAAAUUGCGCAGUAUUUACCGGGAAGAACUGACAAUGAGAUCAAAAACUAUUGGAGAACUAGAGUUCAGAAACAAGCACGCCAGCUCAACAUCGAUUCCAGCAGCCACCAAUUCGUGGAGGCUGUACGUAGCUUCUGGGUUCCAAGAUUAAUCCACAAGAUGAAAGAUAACUCAAACACAAACACAAACACAAACACUAACACUAGAACUCCUCCUGUUGAUUUACUUGGACCUGUCUCUCACGAUUCAAGUUUCGACAACAUGGGUUGUUCCACUUCCAUGUCUCAAGAACUCACGAAAAUGUCAAAAUUCAUGGAUUUGUCUGAUCUUGAAACCACCAACUCAAUGUCCUUGAAAGGAUCACGAGGGAGUAUUAAUUAUCAAUGUGUGAGUGAAGAUUAUUGUUCCCUCCCUUGCCCGGAGGAGUACAUGGUACCCACCAUGGGCAAUUCAGGCAUUUUACAUUUGAAGGAUUGUCACGUAGCAAAUUCGAGUUACGAGGAGGAUGUGACACAAGAUCCAAUGUGGAACAUGGAUGAUAUUUGGCAGUUUGAGGAGUACGCACACAUUAACUAGAUUGUGGAGCCAGUGGAUAAAGAAGUUCUUACAACCUAUUUUUUUUAAAGAUUACAAAAAAAAAGUUAAACCAAAGGAGUUUCUAAGUAUUGUAUCAUCUUUCUUAUAUUUUUUUUGGCUUAAAGCUUAUAGUUAAAUUAUGAAGUAAUUGAAAUAAAAGUCAAAGAGAGCUAACGCAAUACAA